CGCAGGUCGACACGUUUAAAACGUGUAACGGGACCGCAAACCGACUACGCGUGCAUCCAGAAUCUCCCCUCGGCUCCGGCAACGAGCCUCGUGCGUACGCCCAAUGAGACGCGCGAGGACUCCACGACCACACGGAGGGGGAUACACGCACGGUGUCGUCCCCGUCUCUCAGUGCUAUUUGAGCGGCGUGGCGCAGAAGGAAUUCUGUACACGGUUGGUGGAUGUGUCCAAUCGUUAGUGCACCCGUCCCGCUGUCAGAGCUCAGAGCCCAAACAUGGUGAAGGUGCAGCUGGACCAGGUGGCGAUGAGGAGGAUGAAGGAGGACGACAUAGAGAUGGUCAAAGCCCUCAUCAAGGAGGGCUGCGAGGGCACAGAAAACCGUCUUAUCCUCCACGUCCUCACUCGCCCGCUCUGCCUCUUCAUCCUGGCUGUUUUCUCCUCGAUGCUGCGCUGCCUCGUGCAUUCCUUCGUCCUGACGCUCGCUAUUCCUGUCUUCCUGCUAAUUGUUUUUCUCAAAAUCACCAUGCCGCGGUCCACAGGGGUUCUGGGCAGCGUGCGGCCCUACUGGGACUACGUGGGCAGCAGCUACCGAGGGACAGUGGACGAGACACUGCCGAAUCCUUUCAGCGGGAUCACUAGCAAGACACCCGGGCCGAGAAAGCCGAGGCGCAGAAUCGCACCCAAAGACAAGGGCGCCGAUUUGCAGGCAGAAAACGUCACCCCGGAGCGGGAGCAGGAGGCAGGGCAGAUCUGGGUGGCGGAGUGCGAUGGCGAGAUCCUGGGCUGCAUCUUCAGGGAAAGCGAGAAGCGGGCGGACGUGACGAGGAUCUGCAGGUUGGUGACGGGCUGCUGGUACCGCAGGGAGGGUCUGGGCCGGCUGCUGGUCCAGGGCCUGGAGCAGAGGGAGCGGGAGGCCGGCGCACGCAGAGUGUACGCUCACGUCCCUUACCCGUCCAAACUGGGGGAGGCCUUCUUCAGGAAGGUGGGCUAUCAGCAGUUUGGGGAGGGGGCCGAUGGAAAGGAAGACGGUGACGAAGAAGAGGAGGAGGAGAGAAAGCUUGAGCCUCCAGAGAGAGGCUUUCUGGGAUACCCCCUCACUAAAGUGUUCUACAAAGACCUGUGAUGGAGGGGUGAUGGACUCGUGGAGAGGAAGUCAUUGGAAUGGCUGGAGGUGAAGAAGCCAUAGGAAAAGUUUUCACUGCUGCCGCCUGUGUGGAUAUUUGUUUAAGCUUAUUGUUUAUUUUCAUAUUUUGUGUUAUUUAAGUAUUUAUUUCCCGUAUUUGUUGCUUUUCUGUUAGUUUGAACUGUAUUUUUACCGUUUUUCGUCCAAUAAUCUCUGUACUUUUGACACAAAUGGUUGUUAUUUAAAGAUGUAAUAAUAACACCCAAAGCCACAAUCAUGCUGUUCUCUCAUCCUUUAUAAUGAAAUAUUUAUGUAAAAUGUGUGUUUCCUUUUGUGUGUUUUUUUUUCUCAAAGGCUCCUACACAGUAAAGGAUGUGUGUGAUUGCACACAUUUGUUUGUGUGAAAGGAUACAGAUGUGUAGGAGGAAGUGUGGUUUUGGUGAAUAUGCAGAAUUCUUCUGCUUUCAUCUUCAGUUGCUCCUUCGCUGCGUCCCGUAUGUUGUGAGUCCGCUAGAAACCCUGCUUGUUCUUUCAUUUGAGUUGUCUUUGUUGUUUGUAUGAAAAACAGAAUGUUUUCUGUAGUUGUUAAAUAAAUGAUUUAGGGUCGAACUUCA